CAAAUUGUCCUGAACGUUCCAGCGAAUAGGUUUAUGCUAUAAACCUAUCAUUAAUUGGUCCUUCGAGAGCCGGAUCCUUGGAAUUGACAUUCACCGAGGGGAAAAGGGACACGCCGAAAGACUGACGUCAGCCAGGACUUAUAGAGGUCCAAGCCCAGAGGCGUGAGAAUUCGUCAUCGGGCCGGUGGAUUAGCCGUCUGUUUUUUCUCCUCGAUGGAUGAUGAUUGACGGGAUUCGGGACUGAUGCUACAUGCAAUGAGCAACACCAAGCUAAAACAAAUAGUAGGCUGCAGAGAGAUGCUACCGCUUGUGACUGAAGUGGAACCCUGUUGGGCCUCAGUCACCACAGAAACAGAGGAAGAGGAAGUUCUGAUAUAAGAAUAUAUCCUCAGUUCAGUCUGACACUCACACAGUCAGCAGCAAGACAACAUGGAGGUCAGAUUUGCCACCAUCAGACUCUUGAUAAAUGUUCUGAUGCUGUUGGUUAUAGUAGUCGAAUACAGUGAUUCUCAAACAUACUAUUCAGGUUUUCCUCAAGUUGUUCCAAACAGACAGCAGUUCUUUCAAUCAGAACCUAUCAUGAUCAGCUGUGAAGGGCUAAAUGGGCUGAUUGGAUGGAGAGUGAUGAAAAAGACAAAAGGAGAUGUUAGAACAUGUGCUUCAACCUGGAAAACAUCCACUGGACCUUGCAAUAUUAUUAAUGCAUAUCCAUCAACAGACAGCGGAGAAUACUGGUGUGAAUAUGAAGAAAAACAAAAAAGCAACUCUGUCAACAUCACUGUAUCUGAUUUAGAGAGUCAUGUAAUUCUGGAGCUUCCUGUCUAUCCUGUGAUUGAGGGAGAAAAUAUGGCCUUGCAUUGUAGAAAAAAGGAUUCGAACUCCAACUACACUGCAAAAUUCUAUAAAAAUGGCAUCUCCAUUGGGAGCAGCUCAUCAGGAAACAUAAUGAUUCCUACUGUGUCCAAAUCUGAUGAAGGACUCUACAAAUGUAGUAUUGCUGAUACUGGAGAAUCACCAGAGAGCUGGCUUAACAUCAAAGCACAUGGGCUUUCUCAACCCACCGGACUUAUUGUGCUGCGCUCUAUUGGUCUCAUUUCUUUGUUUGGGACUUUUCUUCUGUCGGUGGGACUGCCACGAUAUUGGAAACAUAAACUGUCAUUAGAGGUCCAGAACAUGGGAAUAGAGCAGCUGCCAGAGAAUUCAACAUUAAUGAAUCAACAGUACGGAAGUAGAGGAAGCAAGAAGAAUGACACCCUGGGCUGCUCUGCCAAUCCAGAGGUACCGCCCGAUUUCCAUGGAACAUUGGAUGUUGUAGAGCUGUCUUGGUUGACACGCCUCUACAGAGCAUUCAGGAACACUGUGCGAGUCUAAUCCAGACCAAAUGCUCUGCCAUCAAGGAUUUGUGUACUGCCUGUGUGACCUCACCCCAGAGUGGAUGAGUCAUCUACCUUAUCCCCAGACUGUGCUUCCUCUAUGGAAGACGGAUCAUUGAACUUUGAGAGGGCCUCAAAGUAUUCCUCCCACCCCCUGACAAUAUCCUUAGUUGAACAUCAGCAGCACUCCACCUGCACUAUACACAUGUGGGUUUAGCACCACUUUCCCUUCCUGAUGGCUUACCAGAAUCAGUUCGAGGCAGUCUGAAAGACAUCAUAGACCCUGGGAUCCCUGGGACACACAAAUCCCUCCAUUUCAUUUCAUUCUAUUAAUUUCUUUUUCAGGGAUCAUGUACAAGCAGAAGAAAACACUGACUGAACGACAGAUAGCCAAAUAAAACUUUGUAUUCAUUAUGAUUAACUGUCAGUGACUUUGUAACGCAGUAUAAGCAGAACAGUUAAGAGAACAGUUAAAAGUCAUGUAACCGUAAACAGUAAAACAAGAACAUGUACCAAGGCAUGAUGGGUAAUAACUAGCUGCUCCCCCAACACGCCACAAUAUGAUUGUUUGCUUGCAGGGCACUAGGAGAGAUGAGUCCUCCAUCACAGACGGUGUGGUAAGUGAAAAUGGUCACCUGCAGGUUCAAGCUCAUUGGAUCUCCAACCCACAUUCACUGCCACUGUACUUAGGGGAAGUUAAAGACUUUCUUCUGCGCUUACAUUUGGAUCGCCUAAAUCCAUGACAGUCAUUCCGGCAUCCUUAAAUCCAUCCUUAAAAUAUUACAACAUGCCAGCUUCUGUGUUUGAAUGCAAAACAAAUGUCUUGUUUAAACUAGAGACUGCACUUGUGACAGAACAAUACAUAUAUUUUAUUUUGAUUAUAUAAGUAAUGUAACUUGCAAAACAAAGUUGUGGAAAGCCUAAACUUAGUUUUGGAAUAAUUAAAUAUGAGACAUUGUUUCACUGUAAGAUUGUAACAAUAUAAUUGUUUGUUGUUCAGCAGAACAGUGUCCAGUAUGUUGGCUGAUAUACUUUUUGCAUUUGAAAAUAAAAGUUGGACUGA